UUGUUUACAUCGAGUCGCUUCUUGAAGUCUAUCGUAGGAAAAGUGGUCGUUCUUCCUGCGCAACGCUCUAACUAUUCCUUGUGAUUGCCAUCGUUUUGACCUUCAUAAUUUUCCGAACAAUGAACCCGUCACAAAUGGGGGCAGUCAAUCCUCAAAUGGCACAGGCCCAACAGCAGGUCAUGAUGCAACAGAGUCAACAGCAAGGUCCAGGACCUGGCGUUAUGAAUCCGGGGAUGGUUCCAGGUCCACAACAGAAUAUGGCACAAAGUCAGCAAGCACAAGAUCAACAACAACAGCAACAACAGCAACAGCAACAGCAGCAGCAACAACAACAGCAACAGCAACAGCAGCAGCAGCAACAAGAGCAGAAAUUAGACAGCAUUAGUCGUGUCAAGGGCCAUUAUUGGCAGAUGAAAGAUGCACUUAUGGAUACCCUUGGUUGUGGUUCUACCAAUGUUACCUUGAAUUCCCAGAUUGACCAUGGAUCAAGAAAUGCAGGAGAAGGGCAUCAUGCCAAGUUUGAGGAAUCCCUUGAAAAAUUUUAUGCAUUAUGUGACCAAAUGGAAUUGAAUCUAAUAACAGCAAUUGAUGUCCAGUUGCAAGGGAAGGCAUCUCAGCUGUACACACCAAGUUCAAUUAAUACACACCCUGUUGAUGUCCAGAAGUAUUCGCAUUAUCUCUCUACUGUCAGAAAUCAAGUGGUGUACGCAAAGGAUAUACACAGUGCUCUUGUGGAUGCUGCUACAAGUAUGUCUAGUAUUAAUGCAAUCACAUCAAUGGAUAAUAACAAUUGAUGCUAUGGCUUCAAUAAUAUUUUCUAAUUUAUAAUUUUUAUGAUUUUGGUCUGGAAAUGACGCAGAAAUCUAUGACUGUCAUACAGAUUUUACUGGAAAAAACGUUGUUGUGUAAUUUUAAUAAAAAAUAUUAAGAA